AUGGCUCGCCUCUACUACGAAUGUAACACGGAUCUACGAAACGAGACGGGAGACGAUGAAAUUAUCAAACCGUACGCGUGUACACCGGAUAAGUAUUGUUUGUAUUGUUGUUGCAACUCGCAGUGCUGCCUGCUGGUACAAAGACGGCCUCCACGACACUUUUGGGAAGCCUGGUACUUUUGGCUAGGCGUUGCUUUGCUCGCUGUUUUUAUCAUAUCUUCGGUGAGCAGCUAUAUAGUGAGUAAUUGCAGACAUAAUAUUCAAGGUGUACCACUAGGACACAGCGCGCACGGUAAUCGACGAAACGAUCGCGGAAGUGGCCCGGAAAACAACCAGAAUGAGAUAUCGAUAAGCAUAAUUCCGACGUCGGAAUUUUUCCCGUCGCACAGAAAAAUGUUCGUGAUUGCCUCCCAACCAGCCGUAAAUCACCUCACCCCUGUCGUUGCGUGAAGUCGUUUCAUUUCAACGGAGCGAUUAUGUCGGCGAGAAGCAACCAGCGCAAAGAGCUGGAAGAUCAUCCUGUGGCAUUUUACACGGUAAUACCUCUUAAAAGACCCGUGUCACAUGGAGAGCUUUGAUCGACCAAGAACAUCGUGACCGCGUCAUUAUGUCGCGGAGAACAUUCACGAUAAAUACGCCUUUUUACUUAGCCGCGGGAUAUAAUAACUGGUAGCGGCCCGAACACCCUGAUCACGACCAGUAUUCUGGACAAAUGAGAAACGAUUUUGCUAAAGAAUAUCGGCUUCGUAAUCACAGAUGCGACAUCGAAGCUACUUAGAUCGCGAUCUAGCUCCUCCUCCGAUUCUUAAAUCAUCACGCGCGAUGCACCUAAUCAAUAUGGAAACUUUCGACGAACCCCUUCGAUUAAGCGAUCCAUCGAUUCACCGAUUUCACGCGAGACACGACGAGGAAAGAAAAGCGGCACGAGGAAUUUUGUAGACAAGGAAACGAUAAUUCAGGGUAAUGUCGCGGGAGUAAAGAUGAUAGAUCGGUAUCGAUUAGGUUUAUCGGAUCUCGUUUUAACGUUUCGGAACACCGGUGGGGUAUUUAGAGUUUCUUAGCCGAAGCUCUGCUUCCAUUUGGCUGAACGGCGAUGCAGCCAACCCGAUUGAAACUCGUUCUCGAGGUCUCGUAUGGGCGUAACUCCCAUUAACAAUUAAGAAGACACGUUCCAGCCUGGUCGACGUACCUGACUGGGUACCAAGAGAUCGGGGGCUAAUUAAAAAGGACAAUCGAGCGAAUGCAACUCAAGACGACGUGUACUCUCUAUCUUUUCGCGCAUCUCCCUUAAUCCAUCUUGCUUCCUCUUUCUCAUUCUUUACAUCUUUCUCCUUAUCCACUCGACUCCUCGCUUUCCUUUUUCCUGCGACUCAUUUCUACCGCUUCUCUGUUUCGCGAUCGAUCCCGCGAUAGCGAUUAAUCGCCGUGAUCUUCGCAGAAGAGAGGCAUCGCCGAGAGAAGCUUUUGCGUUUAUCGAGUCGCGCCAGCAAACGGGAAACGUAUC